GAGUCAUGAUAGACUCAGGGGCCCAGAUCACCGCGUUCCCCUACGACAUGCUGAAGAGCAAGGGCUACACGCUGGCCAAGUCGAGCAUCUCCAAGCUGCAGGCCAUCGACGGCGCGAAGGCACAGCACUACGGCAAGACGGACGUCAGACUGAAGACGGGCCAGGACGUGAUCCAGAUUUCGGCGGAGGCAGCGGACGUGGAGUUUCCCGUGAUGUGCACCGACGCGAUCACGAAGCAGGACAAGUCGGUCAUCCAUUUUCCCCUGGGCGACUGGAUUGUGGACAGUCCGAUCUCGCCCCCGACGUCGGCCAACGCGAUCAAGCUGAUGAAGGAUCGGGGCACGUGCUACCUGGAGCACGACGAGAUGCUGGACAGCUCCGCCGAGGGCAAGCGCGCGGCACGGAUGGCAAACAUCGGCGAGCAGCAGGGCGAGGGGCUGUACCUUAGCGCGGCUCACAAGACCCUGCGCGCGCAGGUGCCAGCAACAGAGGGCCGACAGCAGCUGCCGGCAGUGCUCGGACCUGACCCCAGCGAGAACGUCACAUUGAAGGCGAAGGCGCUCGCGAGACCUGGCCAGCCCUCGGAGGAGGAGAGGCGAGCUCACGAAACACAGCGAGCUCACGAAACACACCAUCUUCCCUUCAGGCCGUGGCGCAGCGUCUGCGUCAUUGGCCGAGGGAAGGACACGCCCCGCGAGGUGAGCUCAGAGCCCAAGGGUGACGACGAGUACCCAGUCGUGGAGAUAGACUUCUUCUUCGUGGCCACCGACGAGAUCGCGAGGAAGUACCCCAUGGUGAACGGCUACGUCGUGGAGGUCAUCGACUUCAGGAAGCUGGAGACCAAGGGGCGCGGGGAGCCCCCCGCGAUCCUGAACGUCGUGGAUUGCAGGUCCAACGCCCCGGCCACGCUCUUCGGCUCCAAGCAGACCGGCGACUACAAGUCACUCUUCGUGGCCAAGCUCAUCGACAACCGGGGCCGCACGACGGUGAUUCUGCUCACGGACGGCGAGAACGCGAUCGUCGCCCUGGCUGAGCAGGUGAAGAAGCUUAGGUCGCAUUCCACGAUAGUGCGGCAAGGCCCAGCGUAUUCGUCGAAGAGCAUGGGGCGCGUGGAGGCCAGCAAUGGAGCAGCGGCGGGGCUACCCCGUACGCUGCGGUUGUCCUUUGAGACCAAGCUCGGCUGCAAGCUCGAACUCUCGGACCCCAUCCUCGCCUUCCUCGCCAACGCUACGGGCUGGUACCUCACUGGGUUCCAGCCGAGGAGCCACGGAGGAUCUAGCUACAAGUUCCUCUUCGGACGGGAAUACGAAGAAGAAGUGACAGAAAUUGGCGAGCAGGCGUGGUAUCGCAUAGCGGCUCGCGUUGCGGCGGGCCAGGGCAAGUUCGAGGUACGCUUCGCGAAGGGCAUCUGGGUCGGCAAGUCAGAGUUUGACGACCAGCACCUGGUGGUGGACCUUCAGCGCGGCCUCCUGAAGCUGCGCUCGGUUCGCCGCAUGCCCGAGGAGUUCCGCUGGGACGCCGAGCUCGUGAAGCAGAUCGACGCCACCCCAUUGGCCCCUGUGCCUGAGCGCGUGAAGUCGACCAUCAAGAAAUCCAUGUACAUCACGGAGGCUAUGAAGAACAUGCAUGGACCGACGGACAGCUGCCCGAAGUGCGUCUACGGGCGGGGCCAGCACAGCGAGCAGCGCAGGCAGCGCUUCGAGACCAUCGCGCAGGAGAGGCUCGAGGCGAAGCUCCUGGAGGAGACCAAGGGCGGCGUCGCGCCUGGAUUGGAGGUGAGCACGCCUAAGGCCCUGGAGAGAGACCCAGUGCAGGAGACCCUGGAGCCAAACAAGCGGCAGAGGGUCGGAGCACUGGUGCAGGCACCCGAGGUCGUGGUCAUCGCGGGUCUCUCGGUCUGCGAGCUGGCGGUCUGCGAGGAAGACGACGACCAGGAGGUGGGCCCGCUCUGGGACCCGAUCCCGUCAGGCCUCGAGCGGUGUGAGGGCCUCUGCGAGGCACACGUGGGCUGCUGCGUCUUUCGGCACGACCAUGACGGGCAGUGCGCGCGCAGGAGGUGUCUCAUCGGCUGCGCCGAGAAGCUCAACCCCGACGCCGAGGUGGUCGCGAGCUUGUGCGCGCUGCGGUCGGACCGCGGGGCGUACGAGAACACCGACUGGAGCGUGGACCCGAACGCGGCCGAGCCGACGGUGAAGGUCCACUACGACUAUUGCACUGGCGAGCCCCUCGACGAGCUGAAGUACCAGAAGGGCAAGGCAGACGAGCUCCAGGCCAUGGCCGAGCACGGCGUCUACAGCAAGGUUCGCAUCUCGGACUGCGAGCCUGGAGGCAAGCACAUCGGAGGCUUCUCCAUUGCGCACGAGAAGACUGGGGAGGUGCGCUGGCGCUUCGUGGGGACGGAGGUUCCCCACCAGCACCGCGAGGACAACCAUCAGGGCACACCUCCACUCGCGAUGAUUCGCGCGAUCCUCAGUUUGGCAGCCAGCAAGCACGACAGCGACGGUCAGCACCGAAGGUGCAUCCGCAUCUGGGAUGUCAGCAAGGCGUUCUUCAACAGCGACCUGCACGAUAAUAUCUACGCCCACCCAGGCAGCGAGCUGUGCGAGCGAGGCUUCUGCUGGGAGCUGCACAAGGCCUUGUACAGAACCCGCUUGGCCAGCCAGCUGCGGGGCGCACUCGGCGGCGACGGCAAAGACGCCACGAUGGGGGUCCACGGCGACGACUUCACUGCGGAGGGCCACGUCGCGACGCUCGACCAGCUGGACGACGUCCUGAGCGUGGAGUGCGAGGUUGCCUCAUCGCCGCCGUUGGGACCUGGACACCCUGGAGUUGCCCGAUACCUGAAGCGCGUCUGCGGCUACGUGGACCAGCUACCCGAGACGUUGCUGCCAGGCUUCUUCCGGCACGUUGAUCCGAAGCACGUGGCGGAGAUCACCAAGUUCGGAUCCAAGGGGGGCGCCAAGGUAGUCGACACACCCGGCACCACGGCGAUAGGAGCACAGCUGCGGAACGCGACGGACCAGAUGCCCACGGCUGAGGCUCGCAAGACAGCAUCGGCAGGAGGGCUUGCACUCUACCUGGCGGCGGACCGCCCUGACAUCAGGUUCGCGAGCAAGACCAUCAUGCAGGACGUGAGCAAGCCGAACUACCAGAUGAACGCGAGGCUCAUGAGGUUGGCCCGAUACCUCGAGGGCCACCAGCUCAUGGUAUGGUGCUACGAGUUGCAGGACAUGCCGAAGGUGCUGAGGGCCGAUGGAGACGCGGAUUGGGCCGCCCCUACGGCGGUGGCGCGCAAGAGCGCCUCGGGAGGCACGAUCAGGUUCGGCAAUCAUACCUGGGACUGCUACUCGGCCAGCCAGGCCACCCAGGCGUUGAGCAGCAGCGAGUCAGAGUUUUACGCCCUCGGGUCGAUUGCGGCCCGAGGUCUGCAUAUCAAGUUCUUCCUGAGCGAGAUCGGGAUCGAGAUCAAGCUGGCGGUGGCCUCGGACAGCACGGCCGCUCGCGGCAUGGCCCAGCGGCACGGAGUGGGCAAGGCACGCCACUUGGAGCUGCGCUACCUUUGGGUGCAGGAACGGCUUCGACUCCAGAUGUUCGAGCUCGCGAAGGAGGACACCCGCAAGAUGGUGGCGGAUAUACUGACGAAGUACGCGGACAAGGAUAGCAUAGCCAAGCGCCUGCACGAGCUGAACCUGAGGAUGACGGGCACGGCCGUGGUCUUCUCGACGCUCCUAGCGACUCCGAGCGCGGCGGCGACGUCGGGGCAGCGCAGGAUGGGCGAUGAGGGCGAGAAGCUUGGAGCGGGGCAGUCGGGAGAAUUUCCCUGGCUGCUGGUGAGCUUGAUCUUCGUGCUGUGCCUCAUUGCCUACCUCGUCGGCUGGCACGUGGGCAGGCGCAAAGCGACCUCCCAGACGGCUGAACGGGGCCCAAAAGCGGCACCGAGAGGAGAGAAGACACAGCACGAGGACCCCAUCGAGUCCAGGCAGCGGCCGCCCGAGGCAUCGACCCCGAGGCCGACCGCCAGGAGGCUCGAGGAGGACCGGAAGCCCAGGCAGGAGCCGCCAGAGGAGCGGACCGCUUGGAGGAGCUCGGAUUACAGCAACGAGCAGAAGUACACGACACGCGAGGUUCACCGCCUGUACGAGACCUACACCGUUGGCGAGCUGCGGGACCUGCUAGUCGAGCGGAACGCGCGGCUCAAGGAGGGCUACACCAUGAAGGAGGAGUUCGUCGAGACGGCCAGCGCGACAAGCCCGACGGAGAUGCAGAUGGUGAUCCAGCUGACCAACGAGCUGAAGGACCACGGGAUCGACGUGAAGUGGCAAGCUCGCAUGCUGGCGAGCGGGCGCAGGAUCAAGAAGAUGCUGGCCACCACCACGGAGGUGCUGAACUGCCUGCAGGAGCGCUACGGCUGA